CGAGUUGUGGAGGGAUUUUGGAGGGGGGUCAGGAAGAAUUUCAGGAAGAAUUUGGGGCGUUUUGAGCACUGCCCACCUCAAAUUCACCCCAACUUUUUCCCCCCACCCCAGGAGCCCCGAGCCGGCGCCUGGCAGACGUCGAACGCCGAGAACCUCCCCCCGCAGACGCUGCGGCUGCUGUGCAGGGAGGUGUCGCUGCUCAGCGCCGACCCCCCCGACGGCAUCAAGGUCUUCCCCAACGACGAGGACGUCACCGACGUCCAGGUGGCCAUCGAGGGGCCAGAGGGCACCCCGUACGCAGGGGGGCUGUUCCGCAUGAAGCUGGUGCUGGGCAAGGAUUUCCCGGCCGCGCCCCCCAAGGGGUUUUUCCUGACCAAGAUCUUCCACCCCAACGUGGGGCCCAGCGGCGAAAUCUGCGUCAACGUCCUCAAGAGGGACUGGAGAGCCGAGCUGGGGCUGCGCCACGUGCUGCUGGUGCGGCUGGGGGAACGGGGCUGGGGG